GAAUUAUCGAUCAUUGAACAACACUAGUGCCAACAGUCGCUUACACAUUGACAAGUUGCUAUUGGCGGUCAGGCCUCGCGGUUAUCAGCGCGUUAUAACAUUAAAGUUCUUAGUUCACCUGUAAUUCUCAUACGGAACAAACGAAUAUUGUUAUUGUAAUACAUUAAUACGUUGCAAAAAUGACUCAACAAAAGGAGUUGGGGAUGAAGUGCAUUAAAUACAUGCUGUUGUGUAUAACAGCGAUUUUUGUUCUAACAUCGGCACUGACGAUCUCCGUGGGUACUACGAUUUACGCGAUCUACCAUGACAUCUCUUUCUUCCUGUCGCCAUACGCCUUCUCCCCGGCUAUCUUUGUCAUCGCGAUUGGCGUCAUAAUGCUGUUCGUCUCUCUCUUCGGCUGCAUCGGUGCCCUGAAAGAGAGUACCUGCUUGGUCAACAUUUUCGCAGUGAUCCUUAGCAUCGUGUUCAUUCUGGAGAUCGCGGCGGCCAUCACUGCCUACAGUCUUCGCAGCGAGGUCUCACAAUUUCUGGACAAAAAACUUAGGGAAGCACUUCCUCUAUACUACCAGCAUGCUGAGGCGCAGGAUGCAUUUGACUUCAUUCAAUACGAGUUGAACUGCUGCGGCGUCGAUAGCUACAUGGACUGGCAUGCGGUCGACCCCCCCACUGGAGGGACCGGCAUUAGCUUUGCCAACCUCACGGUCCCCGAUUCGUGCUGCGCCCAGUCCCACAUGACUGUCGUCGGUGAAGAGACGAUUGUAGAGUGCCAUAAGAUCUAUGCCAACGGUUGCCUGCCCAGAGUCUAUUAUUUGGUUAACCAAAGCGCUGGACUACUUGGAGCUGGCGCGUUGACCAUCUGCUUCAUUCAGAUAAUCGGAAUCGUUUUCUCGUUCUCACUGGCGAGCUCUAUCCGUAAAGCCAAGAUCGAACGCGAACGCAGGCGCUGGGAGAUCCAGGAGCGGAUGAUCAACGCCCACACUUCCUUGAACCCUAACAACGAGAAAGUCGCCCCGGUGGUGUACGUUCCGUUCCAAGGACAGGCCGGCGCUUAAGUUGCGCGAAGAUAAUGCUUACAUUAAAACAAUUAAAUCGAUAUCUCCCGCACUAAAUCGAUUAUUACGAUACCACAAGUCCGCGUGCCCUUUUCAAAUUGUCCACGUUCUACGGAAGUGAUUUUAAUAUCAGUGAUGUUUUCAUUAAUGCUUUUUAGUCACGAUAAUCGAUAUGUUUUUUUUUUUGUUUUUAGCGCAACACACGUUUCAUUUCACGUAAUAAAUUUGAAACUUUUUUAAAUUACUUAUCGAGUUUUCACAAACAAAUAUGUACAAUAAAUGUCACGAAUAAAAUCCUUCUGUGAUUUUAGCGUUUGCGUUGUUUAAAACUUAACAAAUUUUCAAUAAAAAAUAUUAAAAAAAAAAAAUGUUUUCCUUUUUUAAAAUGAUUCAUAUAAAGACUCAAUUAGGAUAUCGGAAUUCACGCUGUGAUAAUAUAAUUAGGCUUACCCCCUUACCAGACGAGUUGUGCGCUUGUUUACAAAUUUAUAAAAAAGAUAAUUAAAAAAAAGGUAGGCUACAACUUCACUGGACGUCGGAUGGAAAUAUUUCGGAGAAAUCGGUUUAAACUAAAUUUAUACUUAUGUACUUAAUUUACUUAUACGAAACUUAUUAUUUUACGAUUUCUAAAAUUCCAAUAAAUAUGUAAUUUAACAUUUUACGGACGUUUAAAUAAGUUGUGAAUGAAAUGCAAAUAUGUAUCUUAUUUCAAUUUAGAUAAACGAAAACCACAAAGAAAUGUAAAUUUUAAUUUAAUUUUAAAUGUUACAUUUAUUUUAAUAAUAUGUUGUGAUUAAGUGACGUAAAACAUUGAAAAAUAAAUAAUUAUGUUUUUAUUUCAUAUAUUUGCCUUGCAAAUGUGUGUAAAUUAAAAAUGAUUAUAAUAUACCUAAUUAUUAUACAUAUAAUAUAUGUAAAUAAUAUAUUAUACUAUUA